CGAGCUAAAAAGAGAAACUUCGGCUGCACGCCUCUUUUGUUCGUCUCUCUUCCCAUUUCCCUACAAAAUCCUCACCCCCACCCAAAAGCCCCUCUCUCAUUUGCUCUCUCUGACAAUUGGUGCUCACCCGUUGAUGUUGCAAUGGAGCACUCUCGUUGCAUGAGAGAGUCGACAUCGUUUAAGAUGCCGCCGGGUUGCCGAUUCUACCCUUCCGAGGAGCAACUCCUCUGCUGCUAUCUAACCGGCAAGAACCGUAACACUAUCGGCGAUGAAGACGGCUGUGAGGGUUCAAACGGCUACGAUUUGAUAAAGGAGCUAAAUUUAUACGACUACGAGCCGUAUGAGUUGCCAGACAGUGCGUGCUUUUCUUAUGGUUGCAAAGCGAGGAAGAGGCACUGGUUCUGUUAUACGAUUAGGGUUUUGAAAGGUAGUAGUGCACUAAAUAGAAGGACGAAGGGAGGGUACUGGAGGAGGAGGGGAAGGGUUAGGGACGUGAUGAGCCCUGGAGAGAAGCUGCCGGUUGGGACGAGAACGAGGUUUGUUUUCUAUUUGGGGAAUUCGCUGAAGAAUUCGGUAAGAACUGAUUGGGUCAUGUACGAGUAUGCCCUGCUUGAUCAUAUUAAGGCUGCUUUUGUCCUAUGCCGAAUGCUUGUCAAGUCUCGCUCUGGAAAUAGCAGAUCAGAGAAUGUUUUUAGUUCUUGUGCUGAGGAAAGUGUUUCAGCAGUUCGUCAUAUCGGUGUUCAACAUGAUGGAUUCCUUAUAGCUGAUGUUGCUGAAGCUGAAGUAUAUCAUGGGACCUCCAUUGAACAGAGCAAAGAUGUGAAAUUGUCAGAGACUGAUGGCGACAUAUUUGCUACUAGAAGUGCCAAUGAACUACUGUGCAUUCUAAAAGGGGAGUUCAUCGAGCUGGAUGAUCUUGUGCCUUAAGGGUCCAGAUUGAACAUGGAAGCACAUAUGGGUGUUAGUGAAUGAUAUUAUUUAUGGCUCGAAAGAGCGGUUAGAAAGGACUCAAAAUACCGAGCAUUGGGGGUAGGGUUCAUAGACCCUAAGAGUGAUAAAAAGGGUAGAACACCCUCAAACAAUGAGGAGGGUUUUAAAUAGCCACCAAAACUAAGGAAAUACAUCAAGAUUCAAGUAAUUGGAAGAGCUUUAAAUAGCCAUUAAAGUAAAGAGAGAGAGAGAAGUGGUUUUGUUAUUAACUUUACCUUCUAGGAGAUGUAAGGCUGGUAAAAGAGACUGUAAGAGUUGAAGUUCAGAGGGAUGUCAUAGCUAGAUGGCUCAUCUAUUAAGGUUGUUUGUUACCUAUUCCCUUUUGUUGAUACAAGUUCCAUUCUGACUGAUAUCUUGGUGGAAACAUUUGGUGAAUUAUGCUUUUACUUGGCAUGCAGAUUGUUGAUAUUCCUAAAAUGGCACUCUGCUGUAAAAGGGUAAAGGGAGAUACUAUGUCUUGGAUGGCUGCAGUCUAAAGCAAAAUCUAAGAAUCAGCUGCCGGGCCUCUCUUGAUCUUUCUGCAUAUCGACAAGGCUUCUCUCUUUAUGGCCCUUCACUGUUUUCGUUUAACAAAUAUUCUUGUUGCAGGAAAGAGAAUACAAUUGUGAAGCUUAUGCAAACUUAAAAUUUUCCCUCCUCUCUCUAAUGGAUUAUUGCUUAGUCUGAUCUUGAAUCUUAGUAGUGAACCAAUUUCAAGAUUAUAUUUAUGAUAAUAUGAGUGAGUUCCUUUGGAUCAUAGAUAUGUAUUGCAUUAGUACCUUGUUUGUGCUUGAAUGGAUGCUGCGGGAUUGAGGUGAUA